GCCCUAAUCGAGGGGCGUGUCUUCCUUGACCAACAUGGCGGCCGUGUUUUCUGUUUGCUGGAAGUUGUGACGUUUUUCAAUCCUUUUAGCGUCUAAUUAGGUUAGAAGAUAAUCCCGUGUUUACGUUUGUGUGGAGCAAAUGCUUUUGUUGAGACUUCAGUUAGGUCUUGUUAAAUCUUUGUUAAAGAGUUAAACGUUUUUUACGUUUAGCAGCUGAUUUGGACGCCGCCUCCUCACUUUCACAGAGACAUGUCCUCCCCAGAAAUCUCCUCCCUCUCCUGGGGCCUCAUGAAGGUGAAGGGAAGCACCUCCUGCUACAAGGACUGUAAGGUCUGGCCCGGGGGGAGCCGGGGCUGGGACUGGACAGAGACCGGGACUAACCACUACCCAGGAGUUCAACCUGCGGACCUGGAGGAGGUGCUGAAGAAAGGAGUAGACCUACUGGUCAUUGGGAGAGGCAUGAACGAGGCUCUGCAGGUUCCUUCUUCCACUCUGGACUUCGUGAAGCGGAAAGGCGUCGAGGUCCGGGUCCUUCAGACUGAGAAGGCCGUGGCUGAAUACAACAAACUGGCUGUCCAGGGCGCCAAAGUGGGCGGGGUUUUCCACUCCACCUGCUGAUGCGUCUCCUUUAGAUGAAAUGCUGAAUCUGCACCUCCUGCGGGUUCAGCCUAGACGUCCCCCUCUCUGCUGCAGAGACCUUUAGGAGAACCUGCAGUCUGGUUUGGUGCAGAUCCUCAACUUCCUCAGGAUCUGGUUUCCUCUUCCUGCAGCACUUCAGAGUUUAACACCUGCACGGUUUGAAGACUUUCUACUCAGGACGGUCGAAUCUGACAUUUGUAGGUUUUAUAACGAGGUUGUUCAAUCUGAAGCAGGAUUUGAUUAAUCCAAGGUUUAAAUGCUAAUUUUAGAUUAAAGUUGCAUCUAUGUGACAGUUUUAUAGGAAGAGGUUUCUCCGUCUAAUGAGUUCGUGU